GAGGAACCGGGGCUCCUCAGAAGACAGGACAGAAACACUGGCCUUGAGUCUGACAGUAAACACAGGUUGGAGGGGUUUGUCAAAGCUGGGGGGCACACACUGUAGCAGAAAAAAGACUUUUGUUUGGCGUGGGGGGUAGCUGUACGCUGAUGGUGUCUGUGUUGCUAGUGUCUUACAGCCAGCUGAUGUGAGAGGCUGUUGCUCUGGGCAGUUGUGGCCCUGCAGCUGGGUAAGCCAUGGGGAACGAGAGCAGCACGACUGAGACAUUGCCAGAAGAGGGCGCUGCAGAAAAUGUUGUUCUGUUGCCACCUAAGGAAAGUCAAAAUGACUCCGUGCAGGCUGAAGCUCGAGCCGAGAGUUCGACCCAGAGGGACGACGGAGCGCUACUGACCGAGGUUUCCACCAGCCAGCACAGCCUGCUGUCUCAGCCCGUGCUGCCAGACAUCCCAGUCAUCACCGGGGUGGAGGAGAGCCGAGGCACGACCGCAGACCAGGAGGACAAGGAGGAGCUUGAGUUUCCUCACGACCUGCUGCCCAGUUUAGAUUUCAGCAGCGAGCUCAACAUCUGGGAGUCCUCACUGGGAGCUAAAACCAGCUCAGGUGACAGGAAAUGUGAACAGGUGAACCCCCUGCUGGCGGGUCUGCAGCAUCACAUAGAAGUCAGUCAACCAUUGCUGUUUCAAGAUACAAGGCCUCACGGCUGCGACCCACUUGUCGCAGAUGUCCAGCUCUUAACUCAGCCUGCUGCCACACCUUAUCCGGGUAACAGACCCCUGGCCCCUUCCCCAUCCACAUUCUUAGACCGGGAACUCCAAGAGGCCUUCCAAGAAUGUGAAGAACAACUGGUGUCACUGGGCAUAGUCACUCCCACUCAGCCUUGCAGCCCCGAGCCCGGGACGUGGUGCAAUGAAGGGAAUACAACCGGAAAAGUGAUGGUUAACAAGUCCAGUGAGUCAUCGUCUCCACCUCCAAUCGUUGUCCAGCUAGGACAUAGCAACGGGGGCCAUGGAAACAGGAAUGCACAUGGAAACAGUGAGACAGCAGACAGUCAGAAGGAUACAGUUGUGUUUAGUUUUAGGGAUUACAUACUAGGCACUGAGAAUAAUUAUGGGACAGCAGAGACUGAAAACCUGAAAGCAGAAAAAGAAAUUAAGACAGAUGAAGAGAAGGAAGCACCCACGCAAAUACAAUUAGAAAUGCCAACAGAUUCAGCUGGAGAACAACCAAAACAGGCUGUGUUUAGUGAUCAUACAAACGAUCUAAGACAGGGAAAUGCUAAUUCCAGUGCAUCUGUGGGGGGGAGUAGCACUGUAGACUCUGAUGUAGUGAUUAGGAAGAAAGACACGGAGGCAAAGACAGACAAAGAAGAAAAUCUAAGUGAUGAUUUCAGUGCUGCUGUUUGUUUUGAAACAAAGGUAGGUAAUUCAGCUAUGGAAACAUCAGAGCGUAGCCCUCGUUUAAGGGAUAGAGACGCAUUACCAGAGCUGCAAUCAAAAGGACAGACAGGAGCAGGCAAGCACACUGUGGAGCAGGAAUCAGACACAUACAAGCAGAGUUCAGCUGGCGAUAAACAGGCCGCCCAGAACAAAGAGGCAAAGAAAAAGAGACACAGGAAAAAGAAAAAGAUGGAGAAAAGCCCGGAAACUGGGCAGGAGGCACGCACAGCAGUGCAAUCUGAAAAUGAAGUCAUAAAUGCUGGAAAUCCCACAGGUUCACCUUCAGGCCCUGUGAUUUGUGGGCAACACCCUGACAACAGGCUUGAUUACAAGGAGCAGCUUGAAGGAAAACCCACAUCCAGCUCCCUACUAUCAUCUCCUCAUAGCAGUCAGGAUCAUCUUACUCCCUCAGCCUGUUCACCUGCGCCCAUGCGGGCUCUUUUGCAGAAGCCUCAUCAAUCAGACAACCAUAAUGAUGCCCUAAGCAGCAUAAAUCAAAGCUCCAAUGAAAGCCUGCAGUGGGGGCAACAUGUAACCGGAGGUGAAACCAGCAACCAAAAUAUACCCGUGACACAUGUCCAAAAUACAGCGAUCAAUCAAGCUGCUUCUAGUGAUAAGAGAUCAGAUACACAAACAUGGCAGGCUUCAGUUACAGAAGCAAAAAUACUCACACGCGAGAAUCACGUCCCACUCUCCAACAGCCGAACUUGUGUGGGAGAGGGUUGCAUGGAGAGCGUCCUUGAAGAUUUAGCGGUGGUUACUGCGUUGCCACUGACAACACCCACACUGCCAGAAGUGAUAGAAAGCGAGGGAGAGGGAGAACGCGUGAGGUGUGAUUUAGUGGAGAGAGUAGCUGCUGGAGCAGUUGCAGAGAGUGAGGAAGGAGUAGGGGAGAGAGGGAUAGAAAAGUGCCUCAUUUCUGCAGACGGAGAGAGGGACGAAGUCCUGGGCAGCCCUUCUCGGCUCGCGUUAAUCUGUUCCCAGGCAAAAUGCUCACUUGCAUUGUCAGCCAAAGAGGGACAGGCUGCAGCUGAGGAAAGCUGCACCAGCAAAAUGCCACACAACUCGGCCGAGAGCGAAAUCAAGGCACUGAGAGAGGCGACCGUUCGGAGUUCACGCAGAGAGCUGUCACCGGCCGAAGAGGGAGAUGCAGAAAAGGAGCCACAGUGCUUAGAGGCUUUUAUCAAUACUUCUCCCCUUGGGCUACUUACUGGUUCUGAUUGUCAGGAUCACAUUGCUGCGGGAUCAAAGAGAGAAGGAGAGGGAGGAGGAGAGGAGGUGGUAGAGAAAGGAGGGCUGGUGAGAGAGCACAGUUCAUUCAGCCAGCCAGAAGGCUCUGCUAGUGGGCUGUCAUCUGCUCAGACUGAAAGGUGUCCGCCCACCGAUGUUGCCGAGUCACAGCUGAAAUCACAGAGCUGGAGGGAGCCGAUCGCUACCAUCACUGAGAGCAUCUGCACCGAAGAGGAGCGUCUCUGUCGACCCCGCCGGGAGCACCGUGGCGCAUCAAUUUCACCUCUCCUCCCUGACGCUGAGCAGAGCUACAGUAAAACAAACGGAGGCAGACGGGCCGAUCUCGAUCAGAAGUUAGUGUCAGAGGAAGGGCUGGCUCUGGGACGCACUUUUGAGGAGUCAUCCGUCACAGAGACAAACUACAGUCGAGUCUUCCCGUCUUUAACCUCACGCCAGCCUUUGAUCGCUUCAGAGCAAAUCCCAGUUAAGCAACAAGCGAGCAACAAUCAACAGGUUCAGCCUAGUAGCACAACAGAAGCAGGCACAGUCGAAAGUGCAGCCAAGCUUCAAGUCGAAGCCUAUAGCCAGAGCAACAGUGGUAGCACCGCUAUGUCUAAAGUUGGUGUGUAUCUAUGUGACAGGAGUGGAGGUAACAGAGUUCACUUUGUGGAUGCAGAGAAGGAAAUGGGCAGUUCCUCCGUGGAUCUCAAGACCAUGCCGGUGCCAGCUCUGGACUGUGCGUCUUUACCCCCGCUGACUGUUCACGAGCAGUUGCGUCAUCCUGUUUUUGAGGCCAGCUAUACUUUCACAGACUUUCUCAACUCAAAGAAGCCAGACAUCCCUAUAAAUCCAGCUCCUACCAAGGAUGAAGCAGCUGUGUUUUCAGAGGCGCAGAAAGAUGUCUGUUUGGCUAAAGGGGACACGAGGACUAAAGAAACAAAGGAGAACAUUGCCACAGAUCAAUCACAUAGUGACAGUUUGAAGACAAACACUGUAGAUUCACAGUCGGUGAACAGCUCACAACAGCUUCCACGUCCUGCUGAGGCGACUCAGACUGGUAAUAAAGGGUGCUUUGAUGUUUUACAACCACCAGGAAGUGCCAGCUCUGAGUCAAAUCAUCUGACAUUUGAACUGGUCACAGCAAAGGCAGAGGCGGAGACACAGAAAGAUGCUGCAAUUGUGUGUUUGCCCAAGGAGGAGGAGGAGAUUAAGAAGGUGGUGGCAGAGUCUAAAGGUACAGCUGACAUUGACCAGCCUCAGGAAUCACCUUUAAGUGCUACUCCUGUCAUUCGUGAAGAAAACAUAGGGAACCAGCAUAACUGUGCACCUUUAAGUGGUGUUGACACAAGUUCAACAUCUGAACCUGUGACCUUGACCUGCGCAGCUCCUCUGCAGAUGAAGCAUUGUGACCCAGCUGAUCAGCCUGUUAUGCAAUUAGGUGAAAAACCUCCUAACGAGCCAGUUAACCCAGAUUUUACGAAGGCUGGGGAAGGGCCCAAGUCCCCCAUCGGCUCUGCCGAUCCCACAAAGGACGCGUGGGUGACUUCAGAAGUGACGGCGUCUGACGAGUCAAGCACGUUUAUCGGGCAGUGUGUCAGUAAUCCUGCUUUUGAGCUGCAGCCUCCUGGCCCAAUGUUGAGUCACCUGGAGUUCGUUACCGACUCUGAUGCAUCUGUCUCUGAAAAGGCAUAUAACUGCAGUGCUGAUGGUGACAGCAGCAGUGUCUCCAGAGAGGUGGAUGCCCAUAAGAGCCGAGAAGUGACACACACUUCAUUAGCACAGCAUGCUGAGAUCGGUGAUGUCUAUGUUAACGCUAAUGAGGUCUUGCCAAAAUUGGAGAAUUUAAAUUUUGAUACUAUGGAGUCUGCUGCUACCAGUAAUGUAAAUAGUCAGUUAUCACAAGAGGAAAAUCUGAUUCCACCUCAGCCUCCCAGCGAUGCACUGACAAGAAAUAAACCUGCUAAUGUAAUUCCUCUAUCUCAAACAGUGCCGGACUCUGCUGGCAUUAAACCUAUUAUUUGUGAAGCCGCCAUUAGGGAUGACAUCACAAAUGUCAGCUACCCAUUUAACUCCGACCUGCCCGCCGACGAGGUUUAUGAUACAAUUAAAGGGGACAAUGUGAAAGAAAAAAACAUAAUUGGAGAUCAGACCGCCAUGUUGUUUGAAGAGCAAAAGAAACAAGCUAAAGAGGCAGCAAUGGAUAAUCAAAAGGAAGCAGCAGACAGCAACAAGCAACAGACAGGAAAGACAGGCACAAUGCCACAACAGAAUAAUGAAGCAGAUAAAGAGACUAUAGAAGAAAUUGGAGCCCUGCAGCCACCACACGCACAUAUUGGACAAAAGAGUGAAUCGUCAUUAAAGGAUGUGAAGAAGGAAAAAGAAAUAAAGAACACUUUUGAAUCCAAAAGCGAGACAGAAACUUGUUCCUCAUCUCCCAGCAGAUUUCCAGGGUCAUCCGAGGACGUGCUGCGUGCUGACUUAGAGUCUAGUAGCGAACCUCUGACUGUUUAUGAUUCCAGUUUGCGCCAAAUUCCGACAGCAGCGCUGGAAUGCAGCUCUGACUCUGCACCAGAUUUGCGUGCAGCUCUUGGCCAAUCACAGUCCACACCAGAUCCAAAUUGUUUUGCUCAGCAACAGGAGCACCAUCACCAGUAUCUGGGAUCCAGACAUCUCACAGAGGCAAUGUCAGGUGGCUGUCUAGAGGGGGGAGAAAAGGCUAACGAUCAGACCCGGACACUGGUUAAGGGAGUAAAAGGAGGCCCAGAGGAAGGAGACAGCUCUGCUGGGGAUAUUUGUCAGUCAGGAAGCAAGGAUGAGUUAGCAGGUGAUGCCAGCCUGAGCAAUGAAGGGGUGAUAAAGUCAGUGAAAGGCGAGGAUGCUUCACUAGAGGUUCAUAGGUUGCCAUCUUCCCUUGAUUCAAAUGAAAUUGAUGGGAGAAAUGCUUCACCUGAUGCAGGGAUAGCAGCAGGUUACUCUCCUGUAAGUGAGACAAGUCAGGAGACAGAUGAGAAUGAAAGCCCAGGGUUAGAGGGGUCAGGUAGAGAUUUAAUGCCAGACACUGGGUUUGUGAGUGAUCUGAGUGAUAAAGAUCAGCAAAAAUGUGAUCUAUCAGCUGUCUGUCAAGAGCAGAGUAGAAAAUCCGAGCUGUCAGAGAAUCUGGCUGUAUCUGUUGAGCCUGUUUCACAGGAACACGAAAGCUCAUCUUUUCAUAUUCCCAUUUUAACUAAAGAUAGCACAGCUAGUGAUGCUAUUCAUGCAGAUUUUUCACCAAGUACAAACCAGGCUGAUGAAAUUUCUAUGCACACAUGCAGCUCUCUGCCAGAUCCUGCCGCGCAUCCAGAAACUGGAGGAGAGGAUUUCAGUGCUGCCGUGGCUCUAAAAAGCACCGGUAGUGUAAGCGUUGCGUGUGAAAGUCUGGAUACAGUGUCCAGGCCUCAUGAGCUGCAAAGGCCCAAUAAAACCUCAGCCACACAAAACAGCCCAAUAGAACAAACACCCAUAAAAGGGCCUGAUGUUGAGGAGAUGACAAAGGAAGAUAAAGAAGCCUUGGAUGAAGGGAAUGUUAGCGAGCAGGGUGAGGAACAAAAUCGGCUAAAAGUCAUAGAUGGAGGGGCUUUUGGAAAGCAGGGGGUGGUGCAUUUAGCAGGAAGUGAUAAAGAAAUGGGCUCGGGAUCAAUCCCCGUUUUAGGCAACUCCCAAAGUGGGGAGGCACAGAUUAGCACGGAGGUUGCUGUUUGUCACUCUGAUGGCAACACUGGUCCUUGUAAGGCAAGAGAAAGUGACAGUGAUGCAACAGAAAAAAUGACUGCGGAUGUUGACACAGGCCCAUCUGUUGUUUCAUCAAAACGCCUAGAAGAUUUCGAAACUCUGACCCACUCAGAGAAACCACAAGAUGUGGUGCCACUGUCAAAGCCCCCAGAUGACACUGUGGUUAAACCCACUGCUGCUGCUUCUCGGUGUGAAUCAGAAUCACUCGAUAGAGCUCCGGCCCGCCGCCCUCCUGCUGAACAAGUAGGAGCUGCUGAAGCAGACACAAACUGGAUAAAAGCGCUCAGGGAAGCUGCAUCCCAUUCUCAAAGUGAACAAGUGAACCCAGUGGAUGCCUUAAGACCCUUUCCAUCUCUGGAGUCUCCUGAACAAGAGUUUCUCACUCCGACUGAGGAGAUAGCAGCUCCCGUGAGACAGGAGAAGACCCCACCACCAGAACUAGCAGCGGAGGAGACAGCAGAGAUCCCACCUGUGAAUCUUGUGAAGAAGCCAGUAGACCUUCCCAGACCUUUAAAAAGGGCAGGAGAUCUCCUAGAAUCAGCACAUGAGAUAGCAGAGCUUUCCAAACCACCGCAGAGUAUAAAAGUAGAAGAAGAAGAAACAACAAAGGCAGAGCUUCCAGAAUUAGCCAAGAAAGAAGAAGAAGAGCAUCUAGAUGAGGUUCAAGAACUAAAUAGGAAGCAAGUUACUUCAACAGAAGUAGUGAAUGAGGAACAGGCAAGAGAAAGGACAGAUGAGAUCCCAGAACCAACAGCUAAUGAUAGUGAGCUCGUAGAACCAACAAAGUAUGAAGAACCAGAAACAACAAAGCCGACUACAGAGUCCCCACAGUCAGAGGAGAAGCCAGUCAGCGAGCUGCCAGUGGAGCUAGUGGAAAAACCUUUAGACAUCCAGCCUGUGGAGCCAGCUGAAGUCCUAGCUGAGGAAACUGCAGCGACAGAGGCUGUUCAGGAUCCGGCUGCAGAGCUACGGGACAGUGGGCCCUCCUUCAGUGACAAAGUAGAGAGCGGUCACCUGGCCCCCGCCUCUCCUCAACCACUACCCUCCGAUCACCACCUCCUUCCUACUCACUUCCGAGACACCGCAGAGUUCCCUACCUCCGUCCCCACACUUCCAGAGGGUCACACACUUGAAGCCCUACCAACCCCGCCUGCGUCCCCCUGUCCUCCUCACCCAGCCCCUGCCUCCCCUCCUGCAUCUUCUGCUGACCCCUGUGAGGAUGUUUACCCUGCUUCUGCACCCUGCCAUGUCCCUUUAAGGAGCUCAGACUCUGAUGGCGCUUUUGAGACCCCUGAAUCUACAACUCCAGUGAAGGCUGUUUCUCCAGCUGAGCCUCAGAUAAAGCAAACAACAUCUGACGAGAAAGUAGAAGACACCUCAAUCACUGAUCCUACAUCUGACUUCACUGCAGCUGAACUACCAUGCCAUUCUGCGUCAAAUACCUUUGAUGAAAACAAGCCCAUCGCUGCCAGUGGUACAUAUAACAUUGACUUUUUUGCUGCAGAAUCAACGACUCACACUCUAACCCGUUCUCUGAGCCUCCAGGGAGGAGAACUAGAUAGUUCUGCUCUGUUGGAUGGAUCAGCUUCAGGAGGUUUCCGUCCACACUCCGAGUCUUUCAGUGUAGGGACUGAGAGUGCCCCAGGGACACUCCGCAGGCCCAAGAAAGGUCGUCCUGGGUCUGUAAAGAAAAAGCCUCUUCUCAGACAGAACUCUAACCCAGAGAGCCCAAGGCCAGACUCAUCCAGCAGCACCCCAGAAAUUAAGAAGCGGGUGAAACCUCUAACAGCCAGCCCUCUCCAGGCUCAGGAGGAAACAGAGGGAGGCUCUGCAACACCGAGUCCUGGAGGAACGCAGCGAAAAGCCAGAAAGACCCGUGUUGAGACUCCUCCUCCCCUGCCAGAGGAGACCAAUCAUACCACCCAAGAGGAGAGCCUUAUUGUUCCUGCCUUACCUUUAUGCCAGGAGGAGAUACCCCUCCCUGAAAGUCAAGCAGACAAAGAAGAAUCCCCCAUCCCUCCGGGUGGCUCCUACAAAUGGGAUCCAGACAAUUUUGAGAACAUCAACCCCUUUAAGACCGGAGGUAGUAAAAUUGCCAAUUCCCCUGUUUUGGGUCGUAAGGAGCCUGUGUGUGCCCCCAUUUCCACCCCUCUAGAGAGUCCCCCCAUCCCACCUGAGGAACCACAUCACCCCAGUCCACCCGCUCCUAUUAGAGAGCCAGUCACGAAUCCUGAGGAGCAGCCCAUUAUACCCAAGCGUCAGUCACUAAGACUGGAGUUUGACUACUCCGAGGAGAGUGGUGAGGCAUCACAUCAGGCCUCUCCUCCACCUAAGAAGCUAGGCAAGAAGUCAGGUGCCAAGAUGCCUCUGAGGAAACCAAAGCUUGGGCUGAAAAAGGCGCCUCCAGCACAGACAGAGCAGCUGGACAACAUUCCUCCGGCAACUCACAACAGCAACGAGGAUGAAAUCCCGGCAACUAAAGCAUCUUACACCUUUGAACUCGACAAGUAUGAAGAUCCAAACUUGAAUCCAUUUUCUUCAAGGAAAAGUAUCACCAACUCCCCCAAACUAUCCAGGCCGCCUUAUGACUUUGAUGACUCCAUAGACCCUUUCAAAACCUCCAACAAGUUGGCCAAUUCCCCUCCUAAGACUUCUGCCUCAUUUGAACUGUCAUCCAAUGACAAUGAUAAUGAAAAUGACAAUGACAAUGACAACCUUGGGGAAUUAGAGGACCAGAACCAGAACAAACCUGCCAAGAAGAAGAAAACUCCCAUCAAAUCUAAUACUUUCAGAGUGAAGAGGUCGCCAAAGAAAUCACCCUUAUCUGACCCAUCACAGGAUCUUAUACCCGCAGAUGAACCUUCCUCCCUUCACCAGCAGGAUGACCAUGCCACAGAUGAGGAGAAACUAGCCUCCUCCACCAGUCAUAAGUGGGCAGCCCUGCACGACAUGGAUGGAGAUUUAAACUCUGACCAGCAAGACUUUCCUCAACCGUGCGACCUUACAUCCUUUGUUAAUGAGAACAGUCUUCCUAAGGAGACUCCAGUACAAGACUAUGAAAUUGAGUACAUGGAGAAGAUUGGCUCCUCUUCCCCACCUCCGUCUGCAAAGAAGCCAUCUUUGUACUUGAAGUUGGACUCAGUAUCUGACAACUUAACCAAAAAUACAUGUGCGCAUGGAUCUGAACCCAGCUCCCCCUGCACAGGGAGUUUUGAAGAGAUGGAGGCCCAGAUUACAGCAGGUAUGAAGACACCGGUGCUCAGCUCCCGGCCUGGCCCUGAGGGCUCUGCUGCAGACAAGGGCAGGAAGAGAGAAAGCGAGGUGCUCAGUCGAACACAGAGCACCGAGAUGGAGGAGCAGCCCCCUAGCCAGGGCCCCGUGGAGGCACUUGCGCCAGCCCUGGCCAUGCCCCUGUUAGACAGGCUGUCUGAGUGUGACGACCCCCUGCAGUACCUGGAGCCUGACCUGGCUGAGACCAACCCCACAGCAUUCGCCCAAAAACUGCAGGAGGAGCUGGUGCUUGCUGCCCUGAGGAUAGAGGCUCUGCAGGUAGCCAAAAACAUCUCUCAGUGCCCCUCCCUCUCCACUGUAACCCCCCAGUCUCGUCUCAAGAAACCCAGUACUCGGCGGUGGAAUAUCAACGGUUCACCCUUACUCAAAGUUGCAACGGACACUUGGAGAUGCAUUUGGCACAGAGACGUGUCAUCUUCACUAGAGAGUGGCGUGUCCAAGAACUCGCUGUACUCCAGGACCACGGCCAGCUACAUCGAAGGGGAGAGUCCCCACUUGCCCAGAGAACUGGACCACUCUUUGGGAAUUGCACGAGAGGAGAUUGUGUCAAAGGAGAAAGAAGUGCUGGAGUGGCAGAGGAAGUAUGAAGACAGUCGACAGGAAGUGGUGGAGAUGAGGAGAAUUGUAGCUGAGUAUGAGAAGACGAUUGCCCAGAUGAUAGGCAUGCCAGAGGAUGACCAGAAAGAGAAAUCUCUUUCCCAUCACACCAUCCAGCAGCUCAUCAUGGAGAAGGACCAGGCGCUGGCCGACCUUAACUCUGUGGAGAAGUCUCUAGCCGAUCUCUUCCGUCGUUAUGAGAAGAUGAAAGAUGUGCUGGAGGGCUUUCGCAAAAAUGAAGAGGUAUUGAAGAAAUGCGCUCAGGAGUAUCUUUCAAGGGUUCGCAAGGAGGAACAGCGAUAUCAAGCCCUAAAAAUUCAUGCAGAGGAGAAACUCGACCGGGCCAACGCAGAGAUAGCUCAGGUGCGGGCCAAGGCCAAGCAGGAGCAAGCUGCCUCUCAGGCCAGUCUGAGGAAGGAGCAGAUGAAGGUGGACUCUCUGGAACGCACUUUAGAGCAGAAGAAUAAAGAGAUCGAGGAGUUAACAAAGAUCUGUGAUGAACUAAUUGCUAAGAUGGGGAAGAGUUAGCAGGCCACAUCACAAUGAAGCCAAGCAGAAGAUGAAGAGAAGCACUCCUUCUCAAAUUGAUGGACCUCUAAGACCAAAGUGGUCUUGGGGUUGUAUUUCCUACUGACCAUGUGUAUACAUCAUCCACAGGAUUGGCUUCCUCCUAAUUACUCUGUAUAUUUUUGAUGUUUCAGUGUAUCGUACUGUAUCAGGGGGUCUGCUUUCAAGUUUUAUCAUAUCACUAAUGAGUAUGCCUGUGUGCGCGAGUGCGUGUAUGAUAAUGAGAAAGUGCAAGCAUUGUUUGUGGGUUAAAUUAUCUAUUAUGAUGUUGCCAUGACAGCCACUGAGGGAGAAGACUGUUUACCCACUCCUGUUAUUGUCUCCUCUUAAUAAAGAGAAAGAUAGACUUUGAAGAUGAGAACCAGAUUGUUAGAGUUAUCCAUAAAAUGGUGAUGCACCACUAAGAGAAUACAAGCGAUCACUAUAGAUUCUUGCAUGUGAGAGAUAAAGAAGAACUUGUAAUGUUAAUGUUUGUAUAUACUGUAGGAAACAACAAGACUUGUGCAUUUUUGAUAGUUAUUCUGUUGUCUUCAGCCACUUCCCUCACAUAACAUUGUAGAUAUUUGUCAUACUUGUCAUAGCUUUUUUGAUGAAAUUGUGGAACUUUAUUUUUGGGAUUUUAUUUUGAUAAAAAGCAAACUAAUUGUGACUGUGUUCAGUUGUGACCAGAAGUAAUUUAAUUUUGGAUGAACCUGUCCUAGUCCUGCAAUGGUUGUUUGUCACACUGAGGAAUAACUUCUCUGCACAGCUACUGUACAGCAUCUGCUUACAAAGUGCAAUAAAAGAUGGCAAUACAGCA